AUGAUCCCCAGUUUAUCCUUCCUUAGACGUCAGCAGGGUUUAGCUACAUACGUACUGCAUAGGAAUCCACCAACUAUUCACUCUGGAGCCACAGCAAAGAAGCUUAAGGUUCCUAGAUUUAUAGUACCUUUGAAGAACAAAACUGUUAUAGCCCCAACAGAGUUAACCGAUGGGGAAGAUUUGAAGAAUGUAGGGCGGGUGACUACAAGUUGCAUAGUCUCAAAAGCUGCAGCCCACUUUUGGCGCUGGUGUAUCGCCGAUUGGAGGUCCGCGGGAGAGCAAGCCUCUUUCACGUCGGUCACAGAAAGUGACUUUUCGACUGAGGAAGAGCUGGAAUGGAAUAACCACGCGGAUGCAGAUAUUUCCACCAACAGAUGCAAGAUUACCGUUGAAUAUAAUGAGGACUUCGACAUGGCAGAACCAAUUCCUCCCCUAAGGAUUAUUUCAAGUAAAGCAUUCCUCAGUAUCCAGCCAGCAUGUGGCGAUGCGAAUAUACAUGCUACGAUUAAUAAGGCUAUACCUCCACCAACGCUCUAUACAGAAGUCUUGUGUGCCUGCAGCUCCUCUCGUGAAGCAACGAGCACAGAAGACUGGAGGAACCCCCAGAUAGAGUACGAAACCACAUCCUCCGCAUCCAUUUCCACGGCUGAAUCUUCGGAGUCGGAGACAGAUGACUCCGAUAGUUAUGCAUCUGCAGAUGAGGGAAAGAGUGUACUCGAGUCUGCAGAAUCUCCUAUACCCAGGGUGGGAAGUUCACCAACUAGAAUGACUGUGAAACUGUUGGUACAACUGUGGGAGUCCAAGAACGUGCAGGCGAAAGCAUCUUUUCACCAGCGCGGGGCGCCUUUAGUUGGAAUUCCAACUAAAGCUGCGCAAUCUGUUGCAAGCUGUUCUUCCAACUAA